AUGUGGGGCCGGCGGCGGGGCCGGCGCGGGGCCGGGCGCGGUGCGGAGGAGCUGCGGGCCCUGCGGCGGGAGCGAGAGGCAGCUCUCAGGAAAGCCCGGCGGGAGGAGCAGUUGGUCAGCAAGCGGCUUUUGCGGGAGGACAGCGCGGCAGAGGAGGGGGGACAGGAUGGAGCAGACGCCGUGCCGGACCCGCUCUCCGAGGAUGAGGUCCUGGAGCUGCUCAGAGCUGUGCAGAGGGGCUCGGAGGACAGGAAGGGAUCUCUCAGCCGCCUCCGCCGGGCUCUGCAGAACGAGGACACUCAGCAGAAGUUUGUCAGGCUGGACGGCAGCAUGCGGACGCUGACGGGGCUGUUCACCAGCAGCCUGGCCGACAUGCAGCUGGAGGCAGCCCGUUGUCUGCACGAGCUGUCCCACUCCAGUGACCCCACCGUGGCUGAGGCCUGUCUGCCCGUGACCUCCUACCUCCUCACGUACCUGUCGGGGCACAGCGUGGAGUUCACGGAGCUGUGUUUGUACACACUGGGGAACCUCGUAGUAGAAAGUGAAGCUGUGAGGAAGCAACUUCUGCCUCAGGGCGUCAUUCCAGUGCUGGCAUCCUGCAUCCAGUCCCCACACGAGGCCGUGCUGGAAGGUGUGGGUUAUGUCCUCUCACAGCUCCUCCAAGCCAAGGAAUCACCCGUGGAGAUCAUCCCGCAGGUCCUGGACUCCGUCCUCCCCCAGCACAUGCUUCGCCUCGUGUGCUUCAGCCUCAAGGCUGGGCUGGGAGCAGCCGUGGAGUUUGCCUGGUGUCUCCACUAUAUCGUUUGUAGGCACAAAUCCAACACCGUGCUGCUGGGGCUGGGGGCUGUGCCCACCCUCACCUCGCUCCUGCUCCACCUGGCUUCCGAAAUCCCCCAGGAUGCUCCCGAGGGCCUGGAGCUGCUCGUGUGCCCCGUGCUGCGGUGUCUCAGCAACCUGCUGGCAGAGACGGGCUGCCAGGUGCGGGAUGAGCGCCUGCUCAUCGCCCUGUUCCUCCUCCUGCAAUGCUUCCUCCAGCAGCACCCAUUCCUGGUCCAGGAGUGCCUGUGGCUGCUGAACAACCUCACGGCGGACAGUCCCUUCCUCUGCUCCGCUCUGCUCUCCCUGGACCUGCUCCCGGCCCUGCUGCAGCUCCUGCAGUGCUCCCAGAUGGCCAGUGUGUUGGUGCUGACCGUGCUGUGCAAUAUCGCGGAGAAGGGACCGUUCCAGUGCCAGCGGCUGCUCCAACAGCCCAUCCUGCCCCUGCUGCUGCCCAUCCUCGCCCUGCCCGACCCAGAGGCCCUGGGGCAGUGCCUGGAGCUGCUGCACCUCCUCUUCCUGCACUGCCCACAGGCUGCUGCUGAUUUCACCAGGCAAGGCGGGCACCAGGCCCUGGAGCAGCACCAGAACACCCCAGAGCUGCAGGAGCGGGCACAGGCUCUGCUGGACAUGGUCAGGCAGCCCCUGGGAGCCCCCAGUCCCUGCCACCCCACACUGCCUGCCUUCUCCUAGGCCUUGCCACCUCCCUGCCCUCCCCCACGCUCCAAGGGGGAAUGAACUGUCUGUCCACCCCAUGCCCAGCUUCCCGAGGGCUGCUCAGGGCUCUGGCUGCAGGGGAGUGCUGGUCCUUGUCACCACCCGAGCCACCAGCCCAGUGCCCCCCCAGAGCCUGGAGAGGAGCAGAGCUGAGCUGCUGCUGGUGCCAGGGAGGGAAUGAAGGGCUGGAUCAGCCAUUCCUUUGGGCUUCCAUCCACCACGUUAAGCUCAGGGUAAGCACGUUGUGUUUAUGGAUUGAUAAGUUAAAGAUACAUGUCUGACAUUAAAGA